CACACACGGGACGAACAAACAACGAACAACGAAACUACGCGUUCUUAUCUUUCUGGGUAUUUUUUUAUAUAUAAAUUUUUACUUCUUAUAUAAACUUUAAAAGAAAAAUACCCAGAAACGUAAUUUCGUCAAGUUCAAAAAUUCAAUUCCCAGAAUCAUUUCUUUCCAUAAAAAAGAUUCCAAAAAGCUCUCUUUUUUUGUUGAUAAAUCUUCUCUCUCUCAAAUAGAAUCUCAUACCCGUUUCGAAUCUUCUUCUUCCUCCAACUUUAUUUCCAUAAACCCGAUCUUGUUUCAAUGGCGAUCAAAACGAAGACCAGUUUGAUUCCGAGUUGCUCAUCACCUGAGGAUCUAAAACGUGUUUUGACGACGCUAGGUUCGAGCUGGGGAGAUGUAGUCGAAGAUCUGGAGCGGCUUGAGGUUGUUCCGUUGAAAGGAGCUAUGACCAACGAGGUUUAUCAGAUUAAUUGGCCUACUUUAAACGGCGCUGAAGAUGUUCAUCGGAAAGUUCUUGUUCGGAUCUAUGGUGACGGCGUUGACCUUUUCUUUAACAGAGAUGACGAAAUCAAAACCUUUGAGUGUAUGUCUCAUCAUGGUUAUGGUCCUAAGCUUCUUGGUCGUUUCUCUGAUGGUCGUCUUGAAGAGUUCAUCCACGCCAGAACUCUUUCUGCAGAUGAUCUUCGUAUAGCUGAAACAUCUGAUUUCAUCGCUGCUAAGCUAAGAGAGUUUCAUAUGCUUGAUAUGCCUGGUCCAAAGAACAUUAUCCUCUGGGAAAGACUUAGAACAUGGCUUAAGGAGGCUAAGAACUUGGCUUCACCAAUAGAGAUGGAUGAGUUUCGUUUGGAAGCUUUGGAAGGUGAAAUCAGUUUGUUGGAGGAAAGACUGACUAUGGAUGAUCAAGAGAUUGGUUUCUGUCACAAUGAUCUUCAGUAUGGUAACAUCAUGAUUGAUGAAGAAACCACUGCUAUUACCAUCAUAGACUAUGAGUAUUCGAGUUUCAACCCAAUUGCUUAUGAUAUUGCAAAUCACUUCUGUGAAAUGGCUGCUAAUUACCAUUCAGACACUCCUCAUGUUCUGGACUACACUCUAUAUCCAGGAGAAGAAGAACGGAGAAGGUUCAUUAGCACAUACCUUGGCUCUACAGGGAAUGUAAUAAGUGAGGAACAAGUUGAGAGGUUACUGAAUGAUGCAGAAAGCUACACUUUAGCAAACCAUAUCUUCUGGGGAUUAUGGGGAAUCAUCUCGGGACAUGUGAACAAGAUUGAGUUCGAUUAUAUGGAAUAUGCAAGGCAGAGAUUUGAACAAUACUGGCUUAGAAAGCCUUUGCUUCUGGAUUUACCUUAAAGGAUGACGAAGACUCGGAAUGAAGCCGAUAUAUACAUAUACAUUGAAUUUCUAAAAGUUUGUUCAAAUAGAUGAAAGGAAAAAGAAAAGAUUUUAGGGGACUAUAUUUGCUACUGUUACUUUUUAUCCACAUAUCCAUGUAUUUUUCUUCCCUUGUACAAAAAGGUUUGUAAACUUUCAAAAUCAAUGAAGUCGUUACUAAAGCAAA